UGUUAGAUUUUAACAAUUAACAAAUUGAUCUCUUCAAAUUUAAAUCUCAUUGAUUUCUUUUAAUUGUCUUCCAUAAUUACUCAACAUUAUUUUACUUCGAUUGUUAUUAGCAAAUUUGUUAAUAGAAAUCAAAGUGUUUCUAAUUUUCUCCUUUUCCUAGUUGCCCUUUAAUCUUGUGAAAAAUUGAUUGUUUACAAUUUGGAAUUGAUUUAAAUUGCUGUGUUACGAUGGUCGCUAAUCGUUUGUUAAUUUUAUACGCUGGUGAAACUGGUAAUUGUGAAGAUGUAGCCAAGAUAAUUUACCGACAAUCAAAGGAUCGUGGGUUAACCGUUGCGGUGAUGAGCAUUUCUGAUUACCAGAGUGAUAAUCUAAUCAAUGAGCCGUUUGUCCUGUUUAUUUGUUCAACUACUGGUCAAGGGAACGAGCCAACACCUUUAAAGUCCUUUUGGUCAUUUAUUAUGAGACGUAGUUUGCCCUCUAAUUAUCUUAAUCAUCUAUCAACAACAGUAAUUGGUUUAGGUGAUUCAUCUUACAUUAAAUACAAUGUGGUUGGUAAAAAGCUGUACAAAAGGUUACAAUCACUUGGAGCAAAUAUGAUUACUGAUUUAGUUUUAGGUGAUGAUCAACAUGAUUUAGGUUUAUGGGCCUCGAUUGACCCUUGGUUGACCAAUUUUUGGAACCUAAUUGGAAACCUAAUGACAGUACCGAUAGAAAUCAAGGGAAAUGUUGAAAAUAAUCGAGUUCCAUUUAAAUCAAGCUUCCAAGUGUCAAUUGUUGACGAUGGACAAUUUAACUUGGAUCCAUUGGAAGAGCAAAUUGGAUCAAUUAUCUCAAAUGAAAGAGUUACUUCAACUGACCAUUUCCAAGAAGUUCGUUUCAUACGAAUUGACCUUAAUGGUCAGGAAAAAUUAAACUACUCUCCUGGAGAUGUGGCCUUGAUUCAAGGAGAAAACUUUCCCGAUGAAGUUGAUUCUUUCUUGCAAUUACUUAAUUUGGAUGGAAAUUUACUAAUUCAAUGUCAACGAGUUGAUGAAGAUUUCAUUGAAUCUGAUGGUUACAAUUAUCUACCUAGACAAUUACAUGUUAGAACUUUGGUAUCAAAAUAUUUAGACAUUCAUUCGGUUCCUAAAAGAUCAUUUUUCGAUCUUAUUUGGAAAUUUAGUCCCGAUGAGACGGAGAGACAAAAACUUAAAGAAUUCGCUUCCACUGAGGGUCAACAAGAUCUUUACAAUUAUUGUCACAAACCGAAGCGAAAUAUCCUUGAGGUUUUAUCCGAUUUUCCUCAUACCUGUUCGAAGAUUCCCUUGGACAAUCUUCUUGAUCUUAUUCCGUGUAUUCGACCUCGAGCCUUUUCUAUUGCUUCUUCAUUGUCAAUGUACCCAAAUGAGCUUCACCUUCUAGUGGCUGUUGUUCAAUAUCGAACCAAACUUCGUAAACCAAGGCUUGGACUAUGUUCAAAUUAUUUGGCUCGAAUUGGUAAAGGAGAUGCAAUCAAUUUAACUAUUAGAUUUAGUAAAUUUGAUUACUAUUUCAAAGACGAAUGGAUUAACUAUCAGGCCUCUGGUCAUUUAAAAGUGUUCACUGCAUUUUCCCGAGAUAAUCCUGAUAAAAAGUACUACGUUCAAGAUGAAAUGAUCGCUAAUCAAUCAACACUAAUUGAAUUUAUGUUUGAAAAAAAAUGUACAAUCCUAAUUGCUGGAAGUUCAAAUCAAAUGCCUGAUGAUGUUCGUAAUUGUAUCAAACAAAUUAUCCUCAAUGGAAACGAUCAAUUGACCAAAGAAGAAGUGGAAAAGUUCAUUAGUAAACUCGAAUCGACUCGAAAAAUUCAAUAUGAGUGUUGGUCAUGAUAAAGAUUCAAUAAAAUGAGCGACAAUUUUUUUAAUCUUUCA